AUGGAUUCGAGAGGUAAAGAGGCGGUCGGGAAUGUGCAGCGGGCGGUUGUGGAGGACACCAAAGUUGUUUUGAAAGCUACAGACGAGCGGAUUCUGUGGGACGAAAAGCAAUCCCGGGCUGUCGUACGCAAGUUUGACUUACGGUUGCUAAGUCUUUUCACCGUCAUUAACCUGUUCAGCUUCAUCGAUCGAGUUAAUAUUGGUAAUGCGCGUUUACUGGGGCUAGAGAAGGAUCUGGGAUUGUCCGGGCUGCGCUUCAACAUUGCGCUGAUGUGCCUUUUCGUGUCGUAUUGUGUUGUGGAGUUACCUUCAAACAUUCUGUGUAAAAUCGUCGGGGGACAUAUCUAUAUCCCUACGCUUGUGGUUUGCUUCGGCAUCAUUACGAUGCUCACUUCGCUGGUGGAGCAGAAAGGCGGCCUGUACGCCUGUCGCUUCCUCCUGGGAGUCUUUGAGGGCGGUAUAUCCCCAGGAUUGGUCGUUAUGUUGGCCUUAUUCUACCGCCGGCAUGAAUUGGGUGUCCGAACAAGCAUCUAUAUCUCUGCAUCUUCAGCAAGUGGUGCUUUCGGUGGUCUUUUAGCGAUUGGACUGUCCAGGAUCCCUGACUGGGGUCUCAUUCAUACAUGGAGAAACAUUUUCUUUUUCGAGGGCCUAGUGUCCGUAAUUCUUGCGGUCGUCGCGUUUAUUUCCAUUCCGAGUGGCCCAGAAACCGCGCGAUUCUUAACAGAAUCUCAAAAGCAAGUGGCAGUGGAUAGAAUGCGGAUUGACUCUGCUGGAACGACUGAACAUUCGCGGACUACGUUUCGCCAUGUUGUCCAGGGUCUGACAACACCGCCUAUAGUUUUCUGCGCCUUAGGGUUCUUCUUUGGAAACACCUGCGCUCAAUCCUUCUCACUGUUUUCGCCUUCUAUCAUUAGCGCCAUGGGUUAUACCAAGGAGCUGGCUCAGCUAUUAUCAGUUGGACCUUACGCUGCCGCUUGUGUGAUAUCCAUUGUGGUCGGCUACGUCUCCGACCGUUAUCAUAGCCGUGGCUGGGUGAUCUUCGCCACCGUUCCGUUCGGGAUCGCUGGCAUGGGCAUGCUCGAAUUCCUCCCAACUUCCAUGCCGGGUGCGAAGUACGGAGCCUUGUACCUUGCUGCACCGGGCAUCUAUGCCUUUCUGCCUCUCUGGCUCGCGUGGGCUGUGAAUAAUGCCGCAACGCCGACCGUGAAAGCGGCCUCGGCGGGUUUAGUCUUCACCGUCGGGUCGCUCGGCGGAAUUCUCGCACCCUGUGUCUAUUUGCCUGGAGAUGCGCCGAACUACCACGCGGGUCAUGCAAUCAUGUUUGCCUUUCUAUUUGGGAGCUGGGUGAUAUGUAUUGGCAUGAUAAUAUAUAUCAAAUGGGAGAACCGGGCCAGAGAAAUGGGAAAGCGGGAUAAUGUGCUGGAAGGAUUGGGGCUUGAGGAGCAAUUGGAGCUGAGUAGUCGACAUCCAGCAUUUCGUUAUGCUGUCUAG